AACGGCAGAGCCGACGCCAAAUACUUGAAAGGCCAUGUUUCUUAUAUUCGCUGCUCCCGCUGCGCAACGGACCUGUGCUUGACCUCCCAGAUCAUCAGUAAGGGUUUCACUGGCCGUCAUGGACGCGCAUAUCUGGUGUCUGCCGAACCAGAGGCCUGCGCCGUUUCGGUGAACGCAACAUCAUCGCCGACAGUUUCGCUUCCGAAUACCAUCAUUCAAAAGCCUGUGCCGCGCCAGCUUGUCACCGGGUCCCACACGGUCAGCGAUAUUACUUGUGCCUUCUGUGGAAGCGUUCUUGGUUGGAAAUAUGUUGCAGCCGAAGAGGAAUCACAGCGUUACAAAGUCGGCAAGUUCAUUCUGGAAACUAGGAGGAUCAUGACAGCGUCAUCUUGGGAGUCUGCAACUUAUGUUGACUCGCCGGCACUCCCCAAAUCACCGGGAGCCGCGGAUAUAGAACCGAAAGCGUCAGAAGUUCCCGUGGAAUUCGACAGCCAAGAUGAAGACGAA